AUGGGUCUCGCUGGCCCCAAAAGACGCACCAAGAUUGGCACCGAUCCCAACAACAACAACUGGGCCAAAGCAACCGAUUCCUUUGGCCACAAGAUUCUUGCCUCGCAGGGCUGGAAACCUGGCGACACCCUCGGCGCCAAAGACGCAAACCACGCCUCGCAUUACACCGUCGGCAGCAACUCACAUAUUCGCGUUCUGUUGAAGGACGACAAUCUCGGUCUGGGCGCAGCCAGAGGUGGAAACAAUGCAGAGACUUUCGGUCUGAGCCUGUACUCGGGUCUAUUGGGCAGACUGAACGGCAAAUCCGAGGCAGAGGUUGAGAAACAACAGACAGCACAACGAGACGUCGAAUUGGCCCUGUAUCAAGGAAGGAAAUACGGCAACAUCAACUUCAUCAGUGCAGGCUUCCUGGUUGGUGACAAGAUGGACCUCAAGUCGACAGUAAUGCCCAAUUCCAAAUCCACUCCUCAACAAGCCGCGCCGGACGCAGCCAACAAGAAGCGAAAGAGGACAGAACCUGAACAACAAAGCACCAAUGACGCAUCAUCCGAGUCCGACUCUUCCGAUUCUGAUGAUGAGGUUGACGAGGCGCCCAAGGCAAAGAAAAUGAAGGAGUCGAAGAAGGACAAAAAGUCCAGCAAGAAAGAGAAGAAGGACAAAAAGCGAAAGGCUACCGAUGCAUCAGGCUCUGAAGACGAGACACGGGCUGAGAAGAAGGCACGUAAAGCAGAGCGACGUGCGAAGAAGGAGGCCAAGAAGGAAGAAAAGAGAAAGAGAAAGGAAGAGAAGAAGGCGGCCAAGUCAGGCACAGCGACCCCAUCGAGCGCACCUGGAACUCCUGCAGAGCCUGCACCAGUGGCUGCUCUAUACGGCAGACAAAACGUCCGCCAGAGAUACAUCGCACAAAAGCGUCUUGCAUUCAUGGAUCCACAAGCUAUGAAAGAGAUUUUCAUGGUCAAGGCAUAG